GCUUGGUUCUGAAAAGUACCUUGACAAGAUAUGACCCGCCUCUCCGACUCGUUGGACCAGGCCUGGAACAAGCUGACCACGCUUUGAAUGCGAACCUCUCAAACCCUACCCAUUCAAGGAAGUACAUGGCUGAUCUACCUGAUCACAUUGCGAAGGCAUACAGACCGCAGCCCUUGCACUCUGCCGGAGCCUACGUGACUCAUCGAAACGUUCCCCCUCGGAUGACUGUUUCGGGUUCCAAUUACAUAACGAGUCACAGAGGUCCUUCAACUCGCGGGCCCGUCCCUGAUUGGGCUGCUGAGGCUGCUGCGGAGCGAAGGUCUGUAGAUAUGCAUAUCUCCACUCCGAAAGUGUAUCUGGGAACGCCAGCAGCCCGCGUGUCCUCGUUGCACCAGCCUUCAGGUACAACGCCACUACGUAUGCCCAUUCCAGAAGAUAUUCUCAGUCCAGCUCCCCAACGUGUCACAUCCAAAGUGGCCAGAUGGGCUGCCGAAGUAGACCGCGUGCGAGAGCCUGCAACGAGUCAAAUUUUCGAGGGUUCUAGUCUCGAUGCGCAGGUCAAGGGUUGUCGUCAGGGUGCUCAACAGAGGCCGCUCCUUCUGAACCGUAAAGCAAACACAACGUUAUCGCGGGACGAUACGCCAGCUGUUUUCCCAAGCACGUCUGGAGCUGCUUAUCAUGGUAAAGAAAAAGCGUCUUCCGAAUUUGCAAAACGGGCCGUUGAAACGCGCGAUAAAGAGCAAACAAAGUACGAGGAUUUCUACGAAUCCCUUUGUGCGAGGAACAUGGAAGAUAUUAUUUUAGAGGCGAGACGGAUCAACGCGGAUAUGGGGAGGUCGGCUUCGACUCGACAAUCUCCUACUACACUGAGCGACCUCAGCCUGAACGAGUGGUUUAGUCGGGCAAGGGAUCCAAUCUCGGGAGACGACAUCGAGAGGAUGAUCCGUAUACUCGAAAGGGGGGCCUGAGAUGUAAACUUCCGAUGGACCAUGAUUGCAGGUCUCGUCAUUCCGAAGCCGUCAUGAUGGUUGGAAGAGCCUCAUGCAACGAGCCUGUGAACAAUACUACUAAGUGUCGGUGCGAUUCUGCGUGUUUUACCCCCUUUUGUUUUGUAUCAAUGUAACUGUACCUUGAAAACAAAUUGUAUCAGCGUCCGUAAUCCCACAAACCUCAGAUCGAUCUAAGGAAGUCGUUACUUCUCGUA